AUGCAAGCAUUUCUGCUCAUUUUUAAAUUUCUCUGUCUGCUCCUAACCCUGUUUGAGACCAAUGCGCUGGCGUUGCGGUCGCAGGACGUCCUUGCGCCAGUCGCCCUGGACGCACAGAUUCCGCUCGAGGGAACAAAUGCAUCACCGUCGGAGCACCAGCUCCCCCUGCCUGCCCCGGAUUCACCUCCCGAGUCCACCGAGAGCAUCAGCCGCACGUUGCACGACUUGUUGGAUGCUCUCCAUGUGAUGCAGGAUGCUUAUUUCGAGCUGUGGCAAGGCACUUGGCCGUCGAGUAUCGAUUGGACUGCGGCCGUGCUGGGCACCCAUGUCUCUGCCACACUUGCCUCGCUGACUGCCACCACCGGCGACGUGCUGUCGACCGCUGUGUCACCGGAUGAUCUUGAAGAUUGGAAGCACUCGACGAAGCGCGGUCGAUACGGACUGGGCUCAGAGAACCUGAUCAACCACUUCUUCGACCAGACUUCCGCGUUCUACUUUGGCGAGAAUGCCAUCUCCCUGCGUGGUCAGGCCUUCGAUGAUAUGCUGUGGGUAGUCCUGGGUUGGCUGGAAAACAUAAAGUUUCAAGUCUUGCACUCUGAUCUGCACUAUGACGACCCUUUCUCGCCCAACGCAACUGCGAAGCUACGCUGGCACGGAACCCAGUUUCGAUCCCCCGCGGCGCAUCGAGCACGUGUGUUCUACGGCCUCGCGUCCGGGGGGUGGGAUGAGUUGCUCUGUGGCGGUGGGAUGAUUUGGAGCCCUUACUUGACCCCCUACAAGAAUGCCAUCACGAACGAAUUAUAUAUCUCGGCGAGUAUUGGGAUGUACCUGUAUUUUCCAGGUGACAAGAUUCAAUCCCCCUUUGUGGCAGGAAUCGUUGAGGAUGAGGACUGGUCAGAUGGCUAUCCGCAUAACCCUGCCCACCUGCAAGCCGCCAUUGAGGGCUAUGCCUGGCUCAAUUCAUCUAACAUGACCGGGUGCAAUGGGCUCUAUGGUGACGGCUUCCACAUCAGUGGCUGGGAGAGCGAUGACCGGCCUGGCACCCGCAAGUGCGAUGUCCUCAACACAAUGGUAUAUACCUACAACCAGGGGGUGAUCCUUAGCGGGCUUAGGGGACUCUGGUUGGCAACUGCUUUGCAGCAGUACCUGUAUGAUGGUCAUCAAUUAGUCCUGAAUGUGAUCAAGGCAACCGGAUGGCCCGAUAAGGACAGUCAACAGUGGCAAGGUCUUGGACGCGGCGGUGUUCUGGAGGAAGUGUGUGACUCUUCCGGAAGUUGCUCUCAGAACAGUCACACAUUCAAGGGGAUUUUCUUCCAUCACCUGGCGGAGUUUUGUCGGCCUAUCCGGCCGCAGGAGGUACGAUUCCUGGCUAGUGCGAACCAGACAGAUGAGGAAGGAGAGGCAUGGCAGUAUGUGUACGAGUGGCACCAAGCUCGCUGCCGCGCAUAUCGGCCGUGGAUCGAGCAUAAUGCGAACGCGGCUCUUGUGACCCGGAACAGCGAGGGCAAGUUUGGCAUGUGGUGGGGAAACCAGUCCCGCGCGUCUGGGAGCACUAUCACCGAUGAAAGCCCUCUGCCGCUGGGGGCGAUUGACUAUGAGAACUAUGGAGCACGGGCUGAGGGAUCCGAAGGGCUGACGGGACUUCUGCGCAGCCAGGAACAGCCAGACGUAACCGAGCAAGGCAAGCACGAUGCCAAUGAUCGGGGCCGAGGACGUACUGUUGAGACGCAGUCAGGGGGCAUUGCAGUGUUGCGGGCCCUGUACCAAUGGAAGAGCUCACCGUCUCUAGCAUGA